AUGGAAGCAAAUUUGGAGAACGGUCAGAUGACGAACGCCUCGACAAGCAAAUCGCAUUCGCAGCGUCAAACAACAUCUCGUCGGCGGCAAAACGACAGCGAUGUGGCCGGAGGCGUGGGAAUCACCGGUGGCGGAGUCGUCAUUUUGCCGCAGCACGUGCUUAACGAACUCUAUCACAACUACUCCAUCAAACAACGCCGCAGUGGAUUGAAGUGGUUUGUCUUUGCGGCCGCGUUGUUUAACAUAUGGACCAUCGGGAUUCCCUGGGAUCAGUCGGCCCCUACGAGAGUGAUCAAUUGUUGUAUGCUGGUAGCGUACUUGGCAUUGACAGCGCUCCUUCACAUUGGACGCCGUUCUGGUAAACCGGCACUGAGGCGCUUCCACCAAAUACUCCUGAUUAUUGUGCCAAGGGCACUGUGGCUAUUAAGCAUUCUUCAUUUUACCGUCUAUGUUAUUUUGCAGCCUAGUUUUUCCCCAAGGGACCUACUUGGCUGGGCCAUCCUUCUAAAUUUCUUGGUCUAUGUGACGCUGCCAUUACAGCUGAUUUUUCUUGGUCUGUCGAUUGGAUGUAUCACAUAUUUUAUUUGUCUUAGUCUGCCUGUUGGUUAUUCUCGCUGGGACUCGCUGCUCUCGAACCAGUUAGCGGCCAAUGCAGUUUUAAUAGCCACGGCAGCGCUGAUAGGCCUUUUGUACUACUUUAUGGGUGAGGCCAAACAGAAAAGAGCAUUUCUCGAGGCCAAAAAGAGCCUUGAAGUUAAAAUGGUCAUAGAGGAACAGUCGGCCGAACAGGAGCGUCUGCUUUUGUCUGUGCUGCCUAAGCACGUGGCUAUCAAGAUGCGGGAAGAUUUGGGAUCAUCCAGUUCCGAAGCCUUUAAAAAAAUCUACAUGAGUCGGCACGAGAAUGUAAGCAUUCUAUAUGCGGAUAUCGUUGGCUUUACCGCCAUUUCCUCCACAUAUAGUGCGCAAGAUUUGGUAAAAAUGCUUAACGAGCUCUUUGCGCGUUUCGACAGACUUGCUGAGAAAUAUCAACAAUUGCGCAUUAAGAUUCUUGGCGAUUGCUAUUAUUGCAUUAGCGGUGCCCCUGAUGAGCGUCCAGAUCACGCCGUCAUGUGCGUGCACAUGGGACUCUCCAUGGUGAAGGCCAUUAAGUAUGUGCAGCAGAAGGCCAACUCACCUGUUGACAUGCGAGUAGGAAUUCACACUGGAGCCGUGCUCGCCGGCAUUCUUGGCCAGCGACAGUGGCAGUUUGAUGUUUACUCUAAGGACGUAGAGCUGGCCAAUAAAAUGGAAUCGAGCGGGAAGGCUGGACGCGUUCACAUUUCGGACAAAACGCUUGCCUUCCUGAACGGCGAAUUCGAAGUAGAGGCUGCCUUUGGGGAGAAACGAGAAGAGUUGUUGCGUAUUGCUGGGCUAAAGACGUAUUUUAUCACCAAAGUAGUUAAAGCGUUUGCAUCGCCGUGUGCCAAAAAAAUAAAUGAAACCCAGUCUGAAAUUGCACACCCCAAUCCUAAUGGAUCGACGACCGAUAUUGUAUCAGAUGAAGAUGACAACGAUGCCACAUUGGACGACGAAGGGCUCCUUGCGCAGAAUUCUGUAUCUAAUGGACACCAAAAAGUGAUUGCAGUGACUGCAGACGAAGAGGAGCAGGUGAAAUUGGAGAACUUUAAACAACGACUGAAAGAUGAGCUGGUAACUCGCGAUGGACAUGAAAACCUAACUAAGGACACUAACAUAUUCUUGCGCUUCAAAAACCCGCAGCUGGAGCAACUGUAUGCCGUAUAUAGAGAGCCGUACAGUUCACUUCCACUUCUUGCCGCCCUUCUUGUGCAGUGCAUUGAUGUGCUGUACUCUUACAUAGUUCUCCCGAGAUCUACCCUCCACUUCAUUAAUAUAGCUGCUCCGUUGGUACCAAUCGCAAUGCUGGUAGUGAUCAGCCUUGCCGAAAGCUUUAGUGGCAUGCUGCCAAAGUUUUUCGUAGAUGUCAGCAAGCGGUUCAAUGACAUAACUUUUGUUCGCGAGCUGGCCGCCAUAAUUAUUGCACUCACCAUUGGCUUCAGUAACGUUAUCGACAUGUUCUUUUUCGUCACCUUCGUGCGUACCGAGCAUAUUGUGAGUGAAAGCGAGUUCAAUGUAACGGCUAGCCUAGAUAGCGAUAUAAACUUGGAGGUGGAGGGGAUGGUCACCGCAGAGCACCUACUUCCCGCAUCGUUUGUGGAACAAAUGCGCGAAGCUGUGCCCCCGGAACGAGUUUUGUAUCCGUCCUACUUAAGUAACUUUGGAGUACUUAUAUUAAUUGCGAUUGCCGUGAUUGCCCAACUUACUCAUCUCACAAAGAUUUUGCUACUAUUGUCCAUUGCAGCUUUGCAUUGCUAUUUCAAUAUAUUCAUAAUGCAGGAUCUGUAUGCUCUAGAGGAUGAUUUGGAACAUCAACCUAUUAUAUCUACGCGAUAUACCGCUUCAGGACUUCUGCUAGUGGCUGCUCUGGCGUUAAGCACUUUGGCAAGACACAUGGACCAUGAGGAUAGGGUAAUAUUCAAGUGGAAAACCGAGGUGGCCGAGCAAAAGGAGACCGCAAACGAUAUGAGGCAGCGCAAUGAGGCUUUGGUCUACAAUGUCUUACCUGUUCAUGUGGCAGAGCACUUCAUGAAGAACACUAAACGCUCUCAUGAUGAUCUUUAUUCCCAGAGCUAUGCUGAAGUGGGCGUAUUAUUCGCCAGCAUGCCGAACUUUUCUGAUUUCUAUUCCGAAGAAACAGUAAACAACCAGGGCUUGGAAUGUUUACGUUUUCUCAAUGAGGUCAUCUCAGAUUUUGAUGCAUUGUUGGAGCUGCCCCAAUUCCAAGACAUCAUCAAAAUAAAAACUAUUGGUUCGACAUAUAUGGCUGCCAGUGGGAUAAAUCUGCAGAGGACUCUUCGAAAUGACGCCCCAAUUACAGAACGGUGGUCUCACCUAGCGAUUUUGGUGGAGUUCGCAAUGGAACUGAAGCACGCAUUGCAAAGCAUCAACGAGCAGUCCUUUAACCACUUCGUCCUUAAGAUGGGGAUCAAUCAUGGACCUAUCACGGCUGGCGUUAUUGGCGCACGCAAACCGCAUUAUGACAUCUGGGGUAAUACGGUGAAUGUGGCAUCUCGAAUGGAGAGCACAGGAAAGGCGGGUGCUAUUCAGGUCACAGAAGAGACGUGCAAUAUUUUACAGCCCUUUGGUUACAAAUUCCUUCAGCGUGGUCUGGUAGCGGUCAAGGGAAAAGGACAGUUGAUGACAUUUUAUCUGCAGGGUAAGUCCCAGUCGAGUGCUGAACCGGUAUUAUCCGGCGCAGUCGAGCUCAAUGGCCAGGAUUCAUCUGCUCUAGAAUCCACAAGCGAACUGGAGACCUCAGACAUUAAGAUGCCCUUGCUGAAGAUGAAUGCCCCAGAGCAAUCGUUGGAAAUCGACCAAGAUCAGAGCUUAAAAAAUGACAGUGCUGGCCAAGAGAGGGUGGGAGAAUUUCAGUCGUUGCUAGAAUAGUAAGCUUGUCAUACUUAUGAUUUUAAUUCUUUGUGAACGUGCAGACAGAGUGGAUGUGUAUACGUGUGUGUGGCCGUGUUAAAAAACAAGAGUUUACUAUUUUGAAGAAAUUAUUUUUGCAAUAAGUUAGCUUUUGCCUCAGUGUUCGUGUGAUAUUCCAUGCCAGAUGAUUAAUGAAAUAAAUAAGCAAAAUUCGAAAUUAGUUAUUAUAACAGAUUUUUCUUUCUAAAAGUUUGUAAACUGUGUACCUAAAACAAGAAAUAUAUCUAUCUUCUAAGUAUAUUUUUGUAUGCCUAAGUAUUUUCAGUUAUUCCAAACCAUACUUCGUUUAAAAAAAAGUCAAAUUUUCUAAGCUCUGUAAUAUUUAUGUGAUCCACUUCGCUUUGCAGCUAAUUGAUGUGUAGAUUUGCAUCUCAAUGUGUAAAAUAUAUAUAUCCGCAUUAUAGUUAAAACCAAAAUUACGAUAUAAGUAAUAUUGUAGCUAUAGAAAUAUAGAAUAUAUUAGUUGAGAGUCCAAAUCCCACCAUAUACAACUAAAACCCACGUGUCAGUCCAAAUUGAGAACAAAACGUACUAUAAUUAAUUAGUUAAAAAGUAUUAAAUAUAAAAAUGGAAAUGAAAUCAAGGAACAAAAAUAUAAUGCUUAGAAUGCGUUCUUGGGCGUCGUCAACCAACAUUAUUCCUUCAUAUAUAUAUAAAUAUUUAAAUUAAAACAAACUUAUUAGCAUUGCAUGCUUGUUAAAUGCAACGAAUUAGCAAAGCAACAAUAAACGAACUUAAUUAUCAAAAGUUGCAAAAUAAUCAAGGAACAUGACCUAAAAUCUUUUAAAUGCGUUUGUCCAUCAGGUUUUUGUACUGCAUUAUCUAAAUUUUUCUUUGAUGGCUUAAGGCAUGACAAUCAAGAUGAAUAAAAACUAUACAAAUGAUUGCUUUAGCUCGAAAUUCAACUGCACUAUGAACUAUUUUUACAACAUACUUUUUAUUAAAUAAUUUUAGAAGAUUGUGACGUUUAUGUUGGUUUUUUCAUGAAACCUUAAUGUGAAAUAAGGUUUUACUUCAUUAAAGAUAAAUUAACUAAAAUAUAAAUUAAUUAAAACCUACCAAAUAUAGCAAAUUAUAGAGAAAUAAAUAAAAUUAUUUUAGCCAAAGACUCAUAGGUUUUUUAACCCCUUGUUCACAUUUAAUACACAUAUUAAAUAUUUUCCGGUGUAUAAAAAGUUAGGUAAUUGGUAUAUUGUUCCUCGAACAUUAUUCUAAUGUCGUGGGACCAACGUGGGUCAUACCUGCCGAGGUGCGAUACAAAUUUGAGAUAAAGUAUAUUAUAAACCGAACAUAAUUCUCUGUGAGGAGUAAUGCAACACAUAGUUAGAUUACAAAGAUUUAAAAUUUGAGUUGGCUAGAGCCGAUAUGUUAAUUGAGAUUAACAAUACUAAGGAGGUAAUAUAUGGUUUGCAUCCCCCUUAAUGUUUCUUAAGAUACAUAGUAAAUGUUUUGUUUUGAAUUUAUUUAAUUCAAGUGAACUCAUUUUGCGGACUCGAAGCAGGUGACUAGCGAAACGAAUAAGGCUUUAGUUAUGUAAGGAUCAUUAAAUUUCUUUGACCACAUCUUAUAAAACCAAGCACACCCGUGGCUAUAUUAACUAUGGACUAAAUAUCAUUAAAAAGUUAAGUUUUUGGUCUAGAAGAUAAGUACCCGCUUAGAGUGUGAGUCGCGUGUAUUAAGUUGGAGCGACACUUGGAGUUUAUUAAGUUAUCACCAUUUAAGUUUAUUAAGUUAUCACAUCACCUUUUUUAAAAGCUGUCUUGUUCGGAUUGUAAGUCCGAAGGGCUGAUCGUAGAUCAUGUAUCGUAAUUGGAUACAAUUUUAAGUUCGACAUAUAUGCAGCAUAAGAAUAAAUUGGGUAGCCUUUUUAAGCGGUAUGGAUGGCGGACAAAGAAUUAAAAUACUUUGGAAAUUAAAAUAAGCAAAUAUAUCGAGAAACGACAGUUUAAAGUAAUGUGAUAGAAGGUCAAAACUUUUGCAUUUUGUAGAAAAGUAGCAAGAUGUUAAUUAUUUCGAGAACGAGGUAUCUUUUUUGAAAAAUUAUUUCUAUUAUUAAAUCUUAGCUUUAAACUCUUUCACCACCAUACUAUUCUUCCAGAAAUCUCCAGAAUAUAUGCUUGAAAAUGGUGUUCGGGACCUUGACAUUGCAAGGUAAAAGUUCCCAAGCGUAAAAUAAGUUAAGCUUUUCCACUUUACAUUAGACCAGUAGAAGCCGUAAAACUUUGUUUCUCUAGUGGAACCACCUAAAGGAUUUUUGGCGGUGUCUCUGUAUGGAUUUUUAGCAAGCUGUAAUAAUUAAUUAUAUUCUUUUUUUAUUUUUAGUUUUAUUUUCGAAAGGUAUACGGGGAAUUCCAACUCCCCCUUUGUGACCUUGGCAGCUAUUAAUUCAGCCCAUUUGGGCGCGCCGGCUAACUAAAGUUAGCUGUAUCUAAAUUUUUAAAUAAUAAUAGCAUAAAAGGGGACAAUAUCAUAUAAUAAAUUUUUUUCUCUAUUAUUUAUUGAAUCUUCCCUUUGUUAGUCUACCAAUAAAUAUUCAAAUCUGAAGCUAGCUUAGUUAACUUAAGUAAUGCCCUAAUAAGUUUAUUGCUGGACUGGGAGGUCGUUGCGGUGCAGUGCAGCUCGUUUUGACUGCAUACUAGGAUUAGUUUUCUUGCGAGGGGAUUUGGAUGGGUGGUCAACUUAUUUAGGUUUUUCAUUUUCUUAUCAGUUACUACUUCUAUUGCUAAUUUGAUUUUUAGGUCUCUGUGUAUGUAUACGUUCCGAAGGUACCAGAGCGCUCCAGUGAGAGCUCUCCGAAUUGUAGACUGUGUUCGCUCAAUAAAGUCUAUGUUACUUCUGGAUGCGUUGCCCCACAGCUCGGAGCCAUAAGUCCAGAUAGGUUUUAAGGUGGAGUUGUAUAGGAGAUCUUUGAACUCCAGAAUAAGUGGAGAGCGAGUAUUUCUGAGCCAGUGCUCCUUGCUAUAAGUCGCCUGUCCAGAUGAACAUUGCCUCGUCGGCUUGUGGGAUGCAUAUGUGAUUCAGGACCAGUGGUGGGCAUGUUUGCUUGUUUAAGGUGAAGGUAACCUGUUUGCAUUUUUUUAAAUUUAUUGAGAUUCUCCAGCCGGCAAGCCAUCGUUCUACAGAUGUUAAGUGUCGGGAUAGGAGUGCCUUGGCUUUUGUUGGGCAUUUGGAGCGACUGAGUAUCGCGGUAUCAUCAGCGAACGUAGAGGUUGUAGAUUGUAGUAUGUGGGGAAAUCCGCCGUAUACAGGGUGCUUGUUAGUGGACCCAGAACAUUGCCUUGUGGCACUUCAGCUUCGAUUGCGCAAUCGCGCGAGGUGCUUGUAUUGCAUCUUAUUGCAAACACACUGUUGUAUAGAUACGACUUCAGUAGCUUAUGUGUGUUUUGGGGCAACAGCUAGCUUAUUUUAAACAAAAGUCCACCCAGCCACACUCUGUCAAAUGCCUGCGCGACGAAUAGAAAAAUGGCUGUGCAAUAUUCUCGAAGCUCAAAAGCAGUACGUAUUUCUGACGGGAUUCGAUUGGCCUGUGAGGGUUCCAUGUUUUUUCCUGAAGACAAAAUGAUGUGUUGGAUGUGUGUUGUUUAUUUUAAGAUGAGGGCUAAUUCGCAUCAGUAUCAUUUUUUCAAACAACUUUAAAAUACAAGUUAGCAUUUUUGGAGUUAAUAAGUCGAAGCCAGUCGAUUUUCUUGACUUCAGUUGGUCUUUGAUAACCUUUUUUAAUUCACAUGGUCGGAAUUCAUUGGGUUUCUGAGGUUCUAAAUUUGCUUCUAUUAAAGGAUGGAGAAUAAAUGAGUUUGUAUCGGGAUUUGGUCGAAAUACAUUUUCUAAAUGGUCAGCGAAAGGACUGGCUCUUUCCUCAUCACUGCGAAACCAGAUGACUGAAGCUAUUGGAGUCUUUAUGCCUUGUAGUUGGUGAUCUAUUGGACUGCCACUCCCUUCGUAGGCGUCGUUUUUCUAAUACCAGCCGUCGAUCAGGUCUUGGAUUUUUUCUGGGUCUGCUGGCCAGUAUGUAGGCCUACCCGGGGAUACAUAGUCUAGCUUGUUUUUUUUUUUUUUUUUUUUUUUUGGGCAGUAGACUGCGGCUAGAGUCAUUGAACCAUUGCACACUGGGCAAGAUUCCCUAUUUUUUGGUGUAAAGACAAACAAUUUUGUAAAUUGUAUUUUGAAUUUAACUAUAUAUUAUGAUAGAGCAUACAUUACAUGGAACAUAAAGUUCAUGGUAUGAUUAAUAUAGAUAUAACUUACUGAUUUAGAAUUAUGUGUUCCAUGUUUUAAUUGUUGUUGUCUUUGUUUACGUCUUAGUUUAGGCAAAAUCUAACCAGAAAUGAUUUGUGACAACUUGUAUCAAAAACUAAUAACUAAUGUGUUUACACAAAACUGUAAUUAAAUUGAUGUUAGUAACGCCUUUUGCCUAAAUUUGCCUAUGCUCUUUAUAUUUUGACAGAAAAAUAGUUGUCACUUUUUCCCUCCAUUUCACAUUAAAUGACGGAAAGGUGUUGAAUAUAAUAACUGGAACGAAAUCUUGCCAGGUGUGUCCUAUCUGUGGAGCCAGUCCAGUUUGUACUUAAAAUUUUAUACAAACUUAAAUUGGAAAAGUGGCAACAAGGGAUAAAGAAGAAAGAGACAUGAUAACAUGCAGUAAACAAGAGUUACAACAAAUAUUUUUGACUCAGAUGGGAUUACAUGUCAAUAACCCAAAACAAAACAGAAGUGGAAAUACGAAUGACUUAAACACCACAAGAAGAGCAUUCAAAAGCACAAGGCAACUUUCAUCAAUAUUAAGAUUAAAUUAUGAUAUUUUGCACAGGUUUUAUAUAAUAUUAGUUGCUAUAUUUUGUAAAUUUCGUAAAAAUAUUUAUAGAUUCAAACAAUUCUGCCAACGAACUGUAUCAAUGUAUAUGGAUCACUAUAAAUGGUAUCCGAUGUCAGCAACUGUCCGUCCACAAAGUUUUGAUUCACAGUCCGCAGAUAAUAGCAUCCUCGGUUUUACCUAUCGGCUGCUUUGGAGAGAACGCAUCUGAAGCACGUAAUACAUUUUACAAGCGUGAUAGACGGUCAUAUUCGAGACAAAAGAUCGUCUCAAAAUAAAAAAAUCGCUUUGCCCAAAGAAGUCAUUAAUCUUUUAGAUGCACCAAAUGUAGAACAUAUUAAUAAUGAACAUUUUUCGAGAAGCGAUGAUAACGACUCGGAUUUGUAUCACGAUGAUCAAUUUUCUAUGCAUUUGUACUUAGAAAAUUUUUGUUAAUAUAUGAAUAAUUAUAGUAUAUUAAUAGUAUAAAUAUGUGUAGAUUAAAUAGAUACAUAAAAAAUAUUCAGCUUAAAUUUAUUGUUAAAAAUAUAAAAGUCACACUUAUGCAAGUGUAUGUGGAGAGUGAUGAAAUUAAGAGGAUCAUGUAAGAGAGAACGCGCUCUAUUAUUGUUCUCUUUGUACUCUGUCAUUGUUGCCUCUCGCAUGCAUGUUAGAGGGUAAUCGUGCUAUUUGCUUGCAGACAACGAGAGAGUGAAGUUCUAUCGGUUGCUUAAGUAAAAUUAUUAUUGAAUAGUUAGAACAAUGAAAGUAUUUCACUAUUUGGUUGAUGGGCUGGCUUAUAAUAUACAUACUUAAACGUAUUAUAUUUUAUUAAAUUCAAUAGGUUAUGGGCCCAGUCACAUUUUCGGCCAAGUGGUGAAAUAUUUUAAUUGUGCAAAUAAGAAUAAUUAAAAUAAAUAAAAGUGAAUUUUCUUAUUUAAAUAUAUGUAUUUAUUGAAUACAAAUACAUAUCGCAAUACAUUUGCGAAAUACAUACAUAUGUAUGUACAUAUAACGAUACACAAAAACGUUUGGUUGUAUAUACAUAAGUGUAAAAGCAGUACAGCAACGAAAAGUGAUUCUAAAAAGCGCAAGGCAAACGGAGAAACAAAGAAGAAAGAAGAAGAACAGUUAGUUUUAUAAUCGCAACGACGCGUGGUCAAAAGUCAAAAGAAAAAAAGACAUGGAUAAAGGAAAGAGGAAUAUAAAGCCGUUCAACGGUGAAAAAUAUUCAAUUUGGAAGUUCCGAGUAAGGGCACUGUUAGAUGAAAACGAUUUGUUAAAUGUAAUUGAGAAAGAACAAACAGAAGUAAGCGAAGAAGUAAAACGGGCAGAAAGAAAUGCAAAGGGGAUCAUAAUAGAAUAUUUGAGUGAUUCUUUUUUAUGUUUUGCCAACAGUGGAAAUUCGGCAAAGCAGGUUUUUGAAAAAUUGGAUACUAUUUAUGAGCGUAAACGCUUGGCAUCUCAACUGUCACUACGCAAGCAAUUAUUCUCUUUAAAACUAAAAGGUGAUACUCUGCUAGUAAACCAUUUUCAUUUAUUUGAAGAUUUGAUAACUGAGUUAGUUGCGGCUGGAGCCAAGUUGGACGAAAUGGACUCAAAUUGCUCACCUACUUAAUACACUUUCGACUAACUAUGAAGUAGUAAUAACAGCUAUAGAAACUCUUACUGAGAGCAAUUUGACAUGACUCGAUCAUGAAAUAAAGUUAAAAGGAAUUAACAAAGACACAAGUGCUAAAGUGCUGCAAGCUAUAGGCAAUCGAGAGUCUAGGGACAAUACAUACAAAAACAAAGCUAUGAAAUUUAUAAAGAAACCUUUUAAGAAUAAGUCCAAACUAAAAUGUUUUCAUUGCAAGAAAUUGGGUCAUAUAAAGAAAGAUUGCUUUCUAUUAAAAAAGCAGGCAAGAAACCAGAAUGUUCCAGAUGGAAAUAAUGUUAGAGAGAGACAGGCUCAAAUAGCGACAGAAACAAAGCCAGAACGUGCGUUUGCAUUUCUGAUGAAUGCAGUAGUUAGAGAAAGACAGACUCAGAAGGUAGAAACGCAGCAAAAAUGCGCAUUUGCGUUUAUGGUGAAAUUAGUAAAUUACACUGAAAAGCCAAACGAAGUAAAUUUUAUAUUAGAUUCGGAGGCAUCAGAUCACCUAGUGAAUAAUAUUAAUUUAUUUUCUGAGUAUGAAAAUUUAAAUUUAACGUGUCUAUUGAGAUUGCAAAGCGUGGAGAAUUUGUUUAUGCUACUGAAAAAGGACAAGUUAAACUUAACUAUUCUGGAAGCAACAUUACAUUACACAACGUGUUGUAUUGUAAGGAAAUCCCGCACAAUUUGCUAUCCGUAAAGAAGAUGAUAGAUGAUGGAAUGUCCGUCGAGUUUAAUAAGGAUGGCAUUAAAGUAAUCAAGAACGGUAACUUGGUAUUUGAAGGAGUAUGUGACUAUAAUGUACCGACUGUUAAAUUUACUUUAAAUAGUAAAGUAUAUACAUCUGCAAUAUCAAAUGAUGCAGAGUAUCGCUUGUGGCAUGAGAUGUUGGACAUAUAAGUGUUGGAAAAUUCUUAGAAAUUAAACGAGAUGGCUUGUUUGAAGAUAGUGAACUUUCGUGUAUUGACGGAAAGCAAUCAAGACUAAAAUUUGAAAAACACAAAAAUAAAGAAAAUAUUGAACGCUCACUAUUUGUAAUUCAUUCGGAUUUAUGCGGUCCGAUUACACUCUCAACUAUUGAUAAUAAAAACUACUAUGUAGUAUUUAUUGAUCAAUAUACACAUUAUUGUGACGUGUUCUUUGUAUUUAAAGAUUUUGUAGCAAAGAGUGAGGCUCAUUUCUAUUUAAAAAUGGUUAAUCUAUAUAUCGAUAAUGGAAGAGAAUAUCUCUCUAAUGAAAUGCGUGAAUUUUCUGUCGAAAAAGGUAUCAGCUAUCAUUUAACGGUUCCUCAUACCCCACAACUAAAUGGUGUUGCAGAGCGGAUGAUUAGAACAAUCACUGAAAAAGCUCGCUCUAUGAUUAGCUGUACUAAACUAAAUAAAAGUUUUUGGGGUGAAGCUGUUUUGACAGCAACAUAUUUAAUUAACAGGUCCCCAAGUAGAGCUUUAAGAAAUAUAAGAAAAACACCAUUUGAUAUGUGGCAUAAAAAGAAGCCAGUAAUAUCUAAAGAUAUUUGGCUCGACAGUAUAAGCACUAAAUAAAGUGCGAAAGCGAAAAUUUGACGAGAAAUCGAUCAAAACUAUACUUGUCGGAUAUGAUCCAAAUGGCUAUAAGUUGUGGAAUGAGAACCUGAGAAAAUUUAUGAAAAUGGAUGAAAUAAACAUGAAAUCGGUGACUUCAAAUGAAAAUGACUCUAUGGAAAAAAAAUUAUGUUUUUGAUCAAUACAGUGAUUCUCUAAUUGAAGAGAAUGAAGAGUCGAAUUUUCCAUUGCAGGAAAAUUGUGAAUCUACGGAUUCGAAGUCUGAUGAAAAUCCAAAUUAAAAUUCCACUUGUCUCGAGAAUACCGAUCCAGUGGCCGAAACUGGUGAUAAAAUAAAAGAAAAUAAAUAUCAAGAACAAAUUAGACGCAGUGAGAGAAUUAAAGAUAAACCAAAGUUAUCAUAUAGAUUUUUAGAAAAGUGUCUGAUGAAUACCCAAAUGUGUUUAAAUGAUAUACCCAAUACAUAUGAAGAGAUUAAAACUCGUGAAGACAGAACCUUGUGGGAGAAUGCCAUUAAAAACGAACUAAAUUCUCAUUUUGUAAAUAAUACAUGGUGCUUAGUGCAAAUGCCUAAGGAUAAAAACAUAGUAGAUUGCAAGUGGGUUUUUAGUAUAAAACAAGACGAAAAUGGUAAUUUACUUAAAUAUAAGGCAAGAUUGGUAGCCAUGGGAUUCACCCAAGAAUAUAUGAUGGAUUAUGAUGAGACUUUUGCACCAGUUGCACGAAUUUCUAGUUUUAGAUAUCUUUUAGCUUUUUCGAAUCAAUAUAAUAUAUUGAUCCAUCAGAUGGAUGCCAAAACAGCUUAAAUGGAGCACUAAAAGAUGAAAUUUAUAUGAAGAUUCCAAAAGGUUUAAUCAUGAUCAUCAUGAUGAAAAUAAAGUAUGUAAACUUAAUAAAGCCAUUUAUGGUCUAAAACAAGCUGCAAGAUGCUGGUUUGAGAUGUUUGAAACAGCACUACAAAAUUUUGGAUUUCGGAGUCCAGAAGUAGACAGAUGUAUAAAUAUUCUAGAUGAAGGAGAUAUACAUAAAAAUAUAUGUAUUCUUAUAUGUUGACGAUAUAAUAAUUUCUGAUUCCGAAAGAAUGUCUAAAUUUAAAACAUAUCUCUUGAAUAAAUUUCAAAUGACCGAUCUAAAUGAAAUACUAUAUUUUAAUGGCAUAAAAAUUUAAAGAAAAAAUGAUCAAAUUUGUCUCAGUCAAUCAUAUAUUAAAAAUGUUUUAAAAAAAUUCAAUAUGGAAGAUUGUAAUCCAGUUGGGACUCCUCUUCCAAGCAAAAUAAAUUAUGAGGCUUUGCAAGUAGAAGAGUCAUAUGAAGCACCAUGUAGGAAUUUGAUUGGUUGUUUAAUGUACGUUAUGUUAUGUACACGACCGGAUUUAAAUACAUCGAUAAGUAUCUUAUGUCGAUAUACUAACUACAAUAAUAGAGAAUUAUGGCAAUGUCUUAAAAGAAUUUUAAGAUAUCUAAAGGAAACUGUCAAUUUAAAGUUAUCAUUUAAAAGGAAUUUGAAAGUAAAUAAAAUUCUAAUGGGGUAUGUUGAUUCUGAUUGGGUCGGAAAUGAGACUGACAGAAGAAGUACUACAGGGUAUAUAUUUAAAAUGUUUGAAAAUUGUCCAAUUUGCUGGAGUACUAUGAAACAAAAAUCUGUUGCUGCUUAAUCUACCAAAGCUGAAUAUAUAGUUAAAUAUAUGGCCUUAUUCGAAGGAGUAAGGGAAGCAUUAUGGCUAGAAUCAUUAACAAAUGAAAUGAAAUUAGAAUUAAAUGGUCAAAUAGUUAUUUUCGAGGAUAACCAAGGUUGUAUAAGUAUAGCCAAUAAUCCCACUUGCCACAAGAGAACUAAGCACAUAGAUAUCAAAUAUCAUUUUACCAGAGAACAAAUUGAAAACAAACUAAUUUGUGUUAAGUAUCUUUCCACAGAUUUACAAUUGGCUGAUAUUUUGACAAAGCCACUACCAACUGCCAGGUACAGCACUACGAGACCAACUGGGGCUAACCGAAUCUGAAUGAGUAAAAUGAAUUUUUAUCUGAAGUUUGAAUCUUUUAUAUAUAUAUAGUUAAAUAGUUUUUUAAUUGAGCCGAACAAAUGAUCCGUAUUUAAACUAAGAUCAACGCUGAAAGUUAAAUAGUUUUUAUUUUCCAAGUCGAACAAAUGAUCCGUAUUUAAACUAGGAUCAACUCCGAAAUAAAUGAAACACUGAAUAAAUUCGUUUUUGGGUUUAUUGAA